GCUUAUACUGGAGCUGAACUGGGCUGGGACUGAGGGCACGACCACACUAGACGUCUGAAGGACUGGGCGUGCAGAACCAGUGGAGUGUUCACUGACACUGGUAAACGUGUUGACGUGUCUCUGCCUUUCUUAAAAAAAGAAAGAAAGUGGAAUAUACUCGAAUAGUGCUGAAAUAAAGGACACUUCAUGAUGAACACGAAUGGGCCCUACCAACAUCCCAGCUAUGGUGGAAGCAGUGGACAAGCAUCUAUCUCCUGCUUCCGCUGUGGAGACAUGUGUAAAGGAGAAGUGGUGCGAGUGCAGAAUGAACACUUCCAUGUCAAGUGCUUCACCUGCCAAGUGUGCGGUUGUGACCUGGCACAUUCCGGUUUCUUCCAGCAGGCUGGUGAGUACAUCUGCACCGAGGACUACCAGCGCCUUUAUGGCACCAAAUGUGACAGCUGUGGUGAAUUCAUCGCAGGGGAGGUGGUAUCAGCGUUAAACCGUGCUUACCACCCAAAGUGCUUUGUUUGCACCAUCUGCAGGAAGCCAUUCCCCAUAGGAGACAGGGUGACCUUCUGCGGGAAGAAGUGUGUAUGUCAGCAGUGCUCCCACAAACUCGUCGGCAGCAACGAACCUGUUAAGAUCCACGGGCCGAGUCAAUGUGCAGGCUGUAAGGAGGAGAUAACUCACGGCCAGUCACUGCUGGCUCUGGAGAAGCAGUGGCACAUCAGCUGCUUUAAAUGCCAGACCUGUGGUUCAGUCCUGACUGGGGAGUACAUUAGCAAAGAUGGGAUCCCAUACUGUGAGACAGAUUACCACAGACAGUUUGGCAUCCGGUGUGAGACGUGCCACAGAUACAUCAGUGGAAGAGUGCUGGAGGCUGGUGGAAAGCAUUAUCACCCUACCUGUGCGCGUUGUGCACGCUGUCAGAUGAUGUUCACCGAGGGAGAGGAGAUGUACCUGACAGGUUCUGAUGUGUGGCAUCCGAUGUGCAAACAAGCUGCAAAAACUGAAAGGAAGCUCAGGCUAAGACGCACUUCAGAGGCCUCCAUCUCCCCUCCUGGCUCCAGUAUAGGCUCUCCCAGCCGUGUCAUUUGUGAAAUCUAUGACAGUUUCGACUUCAGGCAUCGACGAUCCUCCAGCCCAGGCUACAUUGACUCGCUGACGUACAGUCGUCAGGCCAUGUCACCUGCCGCACCACGUUCCCCUCAGCUCUAUUACCGCUACGGCACUGAUAGUGGCAGGAGCUCUCCCUAUUUCAGUCAGCUUGAUGCCAGGUCCAACACACCCACCGCGUACCAAGCACCCAAGCAUUUUCAUGUUCCAGCCACUGCUGAGGCCAACAUCUACAGAAAGCCACCGAUCUAUAAGAAAAAUGAUAAUUUUGAAAAUGAAGCAAUGAAGACUAAAAACGGUGAGGAUAUCCUUCCCUCCCCAUUUUCUUCUCCUGACUACUACCAGCAUUCUAACUACUACCACUACAGUGACUCACCAAAAGCCUGCUUUCUCCCUGUUCUUCAAUGGCCAGGACUCCCACAGGACCACUACAGAUCAGUUCCCCGGACUCGCAGGUUCUCGUCAGGAGGAGAGGAGGACGGCUGGACUCAUAAUAUUAACAGAAUCCAGGCUGGGAUCGGGAGGAGGAUCCUGAAGGAGGAGAUGAAGGCCAGGUCUGGUUCCUAUGACAACGACCCAUGGGCCAGUGCUCGCAACUCUCGAAGCGGUAGCAAAGAAACCCUGUCCAAUCUGGGCUACAGUAACACAGUUAACGACUCUCCCAGAUCCCAGUACAGCGCAGACAGCGAUUCCUUCAUCUCGAAAUCAGCCUCAUUACCUGGAUACGGCAGGAACGGCCUAAACAGACCCCACAGUGCUGAUUUCUUCCAUUAUGACAGCACCAAUGCAGUGAACUGGGGAUACAGAGAAUACAAGAUAUAUCCAUAUCGGGAUCUGAUCGUCAGUUUUCGAGGGCGUAACCAGCUCCCCAGUGAUGUGGACAGAACGAGACUGGAGAGACAUUUAUCCCCAGAUGAGUUCUACAAGGUGUUUGGGAUGAACAUGCCCGAUUUUGAGCGCCUGGCACAGUGGAAACAAAACGAGCUGAAGAAACAGGCAAGACUGUUCUAGAAAGUGGCCUUCACUUCAAAGAUUCAAAACCAUGAACCCGAGUGCUCUGGAUGACCCAGCUAGUCUAAAACAGUCGAGUGAUCUGGAUUGGAGUUUGGUGUUAUUCAGAUUUGAAAUGAUAUCCUGACACGUUAGAAAUUUGACAGUGGACAAAUGUACAGACUGUUCGAAAAGCAAGAAAGACAAAGAUAUUUUCUAGCCAUUUUGACCUACACGUGUGCUUAAUACAAAACAACGUGCUGCUUGUUUGAGUUUUUUUCUGGUUUGCAACACAUCCUCUGUGAUGAACUUCAGGUUGAAUCGUGUAUUAGAAUUAUAUGAACAUUGCCUUAUGAUGAAGUGAGGUUAACACCAGCACGUAAAUGCAAAUGGACAGAAUGCUGAAUGAUCUGAUGCCACUAGUAUGUGGAAUCCAGCAACGAGAUAGAACAAUGGUGGCUUUACUGAGUUCUUUAAAAACUACAUAAUGUGGUCAGUAUGUGGACAGCCAAAUAUUAAAAACUAUGGACAUUAAUAUAAAACAAAAGAUUUGUGUGUUUUGCAAAACCAAAGUGGAGUUAUUUUGGUGCAUAUUAAAACGUGCCAUACAUAUAUUUAAGAGAUAAAUAGACCUAACAUGGAAAUUAUUUUUUUCUUUUUCUUUGUUGUGAAGAAUUUAUGGAUCAAAAUGUAUAUGAAUGUAUAUAAACAGUAUUUUAACGCAUCUCACUUGAAUAACUAAUUGAUGUUAACUUUAAGUUAUUUGUCUUGUAUUUUUAGAUGCAAAUAUUAGGACUAACAUGUUAAGCAAUUUGUGUUGCUUUGCCUUAAUUUUAAAGUGGUUUACAAAUGUCUUCUAACACAAUGACACUAUCAAAAUGCUGCCAUGUACAGCUGCUGCAAGUGUGGUUAACAAUGUUAACGUGCUAUGAAAAUUGAAAGGCUUUGACUGAUACUGGAGAAAAUAUUAAUGAAGUUUAUAUUGUUCAGCAAAAUGCAUAAUAAAAAAAUGCAAAAUAAAA